GGGCUGGGACCCGGCCAUUCCUGCUCGCCCGGCCCAGUGGGUGCCCCGUCCCUGGGGAGCCGCGCGGGUCCCUCGGGGUCCCCUCGGGAAGCAGCGCCCGCGCCCAUGAGGACGGAGCCGCCGGGAGCUCGCCGCCGCUAGAGCCGUCCGUGCGCGCCGCCCCGCGAUGCUGACGGCGGUCUGCGGCUCGCUGGGAUCGCAGCCCUCGGACGCGCCCCGCGCCUCCCCGACCCACCUGGACCUGCAGCCGCUGCAGCCCUUCCAGCCGCACGGCCCCGCCGCGCCGGCCGCCCCCGACUUCGCCUCGCCGCUGCCGCCGCCCGAGCUGCCGCUGCCGGGGCCCGAGGACGCCGCGUUCGCCGCCGCCGCCGCCGCCUACGAGCCCCAUGGCCCCCCGAGGUUAGAGCUGCCCCCCGAGGGGCCCCGCCGCGCCGGAGCCUACGCCAAGCUGCUGCCGGCCGCCCCGGACAUGGCGCAUCCCUACGAGCCCUGGUUUCGGCCCCCGCACCCCGGAGCCCCCGGCGAGGGGGGAGGCGUCAACUGGUGGGAGCUGCACGCCGGGGCCAGCUGGAUGGAGCUGCCGCCGGGGCAGGCCGGGCUGCCGGUGCCCGCGCACCCCGGGCUGCCCGCGGGGCUGGGCGGCUACGGCGGGGCCGAGCACCAGCUCUGCGCGCCCCCCGCCCACCUGCUGCCCCCGCCCGCGCAGCACCUGCUGGCCAACGAGGGGCGAAGGCGCUCGAGGGGCCCCCGGAGCCGCGGGGCGCCGAGGGCGAGGGCGGGGGCGGCCCAAGGGGCCCGGCGGGCCGUGCCCCGCGGCGGGGCGCAGGCGGCGUGCCGCUGCCCCAACUGCCAGGAGGCCGAGAGGGGCGGCCCGUGCCCCGAGGGGGCCAAGCGCAAGCACCUGCACAACUGCCACAUCCCGGGCUGCGGCAAGGCCUACGCCAAGACCUCGCACCUGAAAGCGCACCUGCGCUGGCACAGCGGCGACCGGCCCUUCGUGUGCAACUGGCUCUUCUGCGGCAAGCGCUUCACCCGCUCCGACGAGCUGCAGCGGCACCUCCAGACCCACACGGGCGCCAAGAAAUUCUCCUGCCCCGUCUGCGGCCGCGUCUUCAUGCGCAGCGACCACCUGGGCAAGCACAUGAAGACGCACGACGGGGGCAAGGACGGGCCCGAGCCCGAGGGCAAAGGCGCCGGGGACGCGGCGGCCGCCAAGGGAGGCAAGAGGGAGCCGGAGGGGGGCACGGCCGCCCCCACAAACUGAGCCGCUGAGCC